AUGAAGGAACUCAUGAGCUACAAGUACGUUGGGCCCAAGUCGGCAUUUGUGGUCAUGGGCUGGUGUUUGAAGAGGAACAGGUUCACGGUGGACACGCACGUGUAUCGGAUUGCGGGGCUAUGGGGGUGGCGGCCAAAGGAGGCGGACGCGCGAGAAGACGCAACUGCAUUUGGAUGCGCGUGUCGCGGUGGCGCAAAGAAGGACCAGAAGUGCAAGGUCUCAAAGGAGAUAAGAAAGAUAGCUUAA